UCUCGCGAAUGAGCAAAAUAACACCGCUUUGCACCACGCCGCGUGGAAUGGAGCAGUGGAGGCAGUCAAAGUGCAUUUUGGAUCACGGCGCAAAUUCAAGCCUUAGAAACAUCGCUGGAGAAUCUCCAUUGGAUAUGGCAGUGGUAAGGGGUCACCCACACGCUGUGAAGGCUUUGUUGGAAAGUGGAGCUGUAGUGAACCUUGCAAACGACCAAAACAACACAGCGCUACAUCACGCAGCGUGGAAUGGUGCUCCUGAUGAAAUAAUUAAAGCUCUGCUCGAAGGGGGCGCGAAUGCGAGUCUGCGAAACAGUGGGGGAGCAACCCCGCUGGAUAUUGCUGUUUUACGAGGGCACGUCGACGUUGUAAAAUCGCUGUUGGGACACGGAGCACCAGUCAAUCUCGCGAAUGAGCAAAAUAACACCGCUUUGCACCACGCCGCGUGGCAUGGGGCAGUUGAGGUAGUCAAAGUGCUUUUGGAUCACGGCGCAAAUUCAAGCCUUAGAAACAUCGCUGGAGAAUCUCCAUUGGAUAUGACCGUGGUAAGGGGGCACCCACACGUUGUGAAGGCUUUGUUGGAACAUGGAGCUACAGUGAACCUUGCGAACGACCAACAAAGCACAGCGCUACAUCACGCGGCGUGGAAUGGUGCGUCUGAUGAAACACUUAAAGUUCUUCUCGAGGGAGGCGCGAAUAUGGUUCUACGAAACGGUGGCGGAGCAACCCCGCUAGAUAUUGCCAUCCUACGCGGUCAUGGCGGCGUUGCAAAAUCGCUAUUAGAUCACGGAUCUGCAGUCAAUCUCGCAAAUAAAGAAGGUAACACUCCACUACAUCUUGCAAUUUUAGAAGGGCAGGAUCACAUCUUCGCUGAUUUACUAAAUUUCGGUGCAGACGUCAACGCUCAAAAUAAGGACGGAAAUACGCCACUCCAUACUGCAAUUUCCCAGAACGAUACUUUCGCAAUUAAAGCUCUUCUGUCUAAUGGGGCCGAUGUAAACAUUGAAAAUAAGUUUGGAGAUCGGGCUCUACAUGUGGCGACGUUACUUAAUCGUGGCGAUUUAAUUAUUGAUCUCGUAAACGGUGGAGCCGAUAUUAACGCGAAGAAUGCUGAUAAUUUAACCGCUCUUGAUAUAGCAUCUAAGAACCGAUUUCAAGAUAUUGUUGAUAUACUACUUUCUCAAAGAGGAGUUAUAGAUUUAGUGGAAAUUUACUUACGUAUCUAUAGUUCUCAUUUGCAUGUGUGUAGGUCUUACAAAAUAAACCCAAGAAUGGAUUUAGCUCUGCUAGUAAUGUUUAUUGUGUUGUUUUCCGGUAAUGUAGAUCGAAGUAUCUCUGCAGCAAUUGGUAGAGAUUUUGAAAAUAAGACACUGCUUGGGAUAGCUAGUGAAAGUCGCAACGUUGAAGUCUUAAAGACAUUGCUACAAAAUGGCGUAGGUGUUAAUCAGGAGAGUGUAGCUGUAGAUGGGCGAGGAAAUACGGCACUACACCAAGCAGCAGAGGGUGGGGCAACCGAAAUAGUCAGAGUUUUACUGGAUAACGGUGCAAAUGCCGAUAUUAGAAACGAAGCAGGACUUACUGCUCUUGACAUAGCCGUCACAAAGGGCAAUGCAGAUGUUGUCAAGGCGCUCUUGGUGCGUGGAUCUUCGGUAGACAGUAGAGAUAAGGACAACAAUACAUUGUUGUACAUCGCCGCAAAACAUGGUGCAACGGAAAUCGUAGACAUUUUGCUAGAUAAGGGCGCGAAUGCAAACAUCAGAAACAAUGCGGGUUACGCCCCUCUAGAUGUAGCCGCUUCAAAGCGCCAUGUGGACGUUGUCAAGACGCUUUUAGCGCAUGGAUCUUCGGUAGACAGUAGGGAUGUGGACAACAAUACAGCGUUGCACUUCGCCGCAUGGUACGGAACAACCGAAAUAGUCAACAUUUUGCUCGAUAAGGGUGCGAAUGCAAACAUCAGAAACAUCGAUGGUCACACCCCUCUUAAUAUGGCCGUCUCUAAAGGCAAUAUAGAUGUUGUCAAGGCGUUCUUGGCGCAUGGAUCUUCAGUUGACAAUAGGGAUAUGCACAACCAUACAGCUUUGCACUUCGCCGCAUGGCAAGGUGCAACGGAAAUAGUCGAAACUUUGCUCGAUAAGGGUGCGAAUGCAAGCAUCAGAGAUAACGCGGGUUACACCCCUCUUGAUAUGGCCGUCUACAAGGGCCAUUUGGAUGUUGUCAAGACGCUGUUAGCCCGCGGAUCUAUGGUUGGCAAUAGGGAUAAAGACAACAAUACAGCGUUGCAUAUCGCCGCAUGGAACGCAGCAACGGAAAUAGUCGACAUUUUGCUCGACAAAGGUGCUAAUGCAAAUAUCAGAAACAACGCCGGCCACAUCCCUCUUGAUAUUGCCGCCACCAAGGGCCAUGUGCAAGUUGUCAAAACGUUUUUGGCGCGUGGAUCUGCAAUUGACAAUAGGGAUAUGCACAACCAUACAGCUUUGCACUUCGCCGCAUGGCAAGGUGCAACGGAAAUAGUCAACAUGUUGCUUGAUAAGGGUGCGAAUGCAAGCAUCGAAGACAACGCGGGUCGCAUACCUCUUGAUGAAGCCAUCUUCAAAGACCAUGUGGAUGUUGUCAAGGUGUUCUUGAUGCGUGGAUCUUCAGUUGACAGUAGGGAUAAGGACAACAAUACACCGUUGCACGCCGCUUCAUGGAACGGAGCAACUGAAAUAGUUGGAGUUUUGCUCGAUAAAGGUGCGAAUGCAAGUAUCAGAAACAACGGGGGUUAUAUCCCUCUUCAUGUAGCCGUCUUCAAGGGCCAUGUGGACGUCGUCAAGAUGCUUUUAUCGCGUGGAUCUCCGGUUGACAGUAGGGAUGCGGAAAACAAUACAGCGUUGCACAUCGCCGCAUUGUACGGAGCAAAGGAAAUGGUCGAAAUCUUGCUCGACAAGGGUGCGAAUGCAAGUACCAGAAACAACGCAGAUCGCACGCCUUUUGAUAUGGCCGUCUCUAAGGGCGAUGUGGCUGUUGUCAAGACGUUUUUGGCGACGAGUGGAUAUUCGGUUGACAGUAGGGAUAAACGCAACAUUACAGCGUUGCAUAUCGCCGCAUGGCAAGGAACUACAGAAAUAGUCGAAAUUUUACUCAAUAAGGGUGCAAAUGUAAACAACAGAAACAAUGUAGGAGACAGUCCGUUAAUUAUUGCAGUUUUAAGAGGUCAUUUAAACGUUACAAAAAUUCUAUUAGAGCAUGGGGCGUGCGUAAACUUUGCAGACAAACGUGAAUACACCGCGCUUCAUCACGCAGCGUGGAAUGGAGCAGUUGAUGAGGUCAAGGUGCUUUUGGAUAACGGUGCAAAUUCAAGUCUCAGGGACAUGACUGGCUUCUCUCCAUUGGAUAUAGCCGCCCUAAGGGCGGACGCGAACGUAGUAAAGGCUCUGUUGGAACGUGGAGCUGUAGUAGACCUUGCGAGCGAUCAACACAAUACCGCAUUGCAUUACGCCGCGUGGGUUGGGGGUUCUGAUAAAAUAGUUAAAGCUCUUCUCGAGAGAGGCGCAAGCACGAGUCUGCGAAACAGCGACGGAGCAACUCCGCUAGAUGUCGCCAUUCUAGGAGGAAACGGCGACGUUGCAAAAUCGCUGUUACAGCACGGAGCUCCAGUCAAUCUCGCCAAUAAGGAUGGUGAUACUCCACUACAUCUUGCAAUUUUUGAAAGACAGGAUCUCAUCUUCGCUGAUUUACUAAAUUUUGGUGCAGACGUCAACGCUCAAAAUAACUACGGAAAUACGCCACUCCAUACUGCAAUUUCCCAGAACGAUACUUUCGCAGUUGAAGCUCUUCUGUCUAAAGGGGCCGACGUGAACAUUGAAAAUAAAUUUGGAGAUCGAGCCCUACAUGUGGCAACGUUACGUUCUCGUGGCGAUUUGAUUAUCGAUCUCGUAAACGGUGGAGCCGAUCUUAACGCGAAGAAUGCUGAUAAUUUAACCGCUCUUGAUAUAGCAUCUAAGAAGCGAUUCCAAAAUAUUGUUGAUUUACUGCUCUCUCUGGGAGGAGUUACAGGUUUAGUGCAAAUUUAAUCAGCAUUAGGCUAGAUUCGAUCAACAUUAAAUAAAGUAAUGCUAACACUGACCUUA